AUGCCCAGCUCUGAACCUUCUACAUCGUUUCCCAACCGUUCACCAUACAACCGUGCUGUCCACUACAAUGCUACGACCGCUGCGCCAACAUCACCACACGUGUCCUCGCCCUGCAGAAUACUCGCCCUCAUCCAGUCCUCUUCAUGCCCCCUCCCCUCCGACGCCUCCUCCGACGCCACCAUCUCCGAUACUACCUCCUUCGACGCCACUUAUGUCCGCCCUAAUGAACACCUCGCUGUCCUCCUCCCGAAGCAUCUUUGGAAGCCCGAUUCCCAAGCGGCAUCUUGCGAAACCUUCACCUGCACGAAGCGGUUCUCCAUCUUCGAGUGCAGACACCACUGUCGCAAGUGUGGCGGCACCUUCUGUGCCACCUGCUCCUCUCGCAGGACGAGCCUCCUCGACACGUCCAACCUCGAUUUCCGUCAUCCGCCACGCAACACUCUCAUAGCCCGGUUCGCGUCACCCACGUCGCCCCUCCACGCAGCUCGCAUGCGCGACACCUGCUUCAACCAACUCUACAGAUGCCCUACUCCCCGUACACCUGAACCAUCUCACGCUCCCCGUGCCCCUGUGUCUGCCCCGCUACCCGUUACCACCUCUCCUCGCUCUCGCACUAGCUCAAGAAGAUCUAUCGUCAUCCUCACCCCUCUCGACCGUCAAUCCAUUGCCUCUGCCGUCACCGCUGUACACCGCCGCUCCCUUCGCCAGCAACGCCUCACUCUGUCACCGCGCUCAGACCCCUCCAUCGUACCCGAAGUCACCGUUCCCUCACGCGAGCUCGACAUUUAUCCGUUGCGAUUGAAGAGUGAGGUCUGUAAGUGCACAGGUGGUGGUCGAUGUACUCCGAAGAAGUACCCUGUCGAUGCCGCCACUCGCCUUCCACCGAAGACUUUUCGCGAGAACCCAGUGGUCAAGGAUGGAGACUUCCAGAUCCCCAUCACUCGCGACCUUCAGCCAGGAACUCCCUGCGGUCCUUGCAUCCUCUUCACCUUAUAG